AUGUAUUUGGAAACUAGAAGAGCUAUUUUUGUUUUUUGGAUUUUUUUCCAAGUUCAAGGGACCAAAGAUCUCUCCAUUAAAAUAUACCAUUCUGAAACUAAAGAUAUAGAUAAUGCCCCAAGAAUCGAAACAACUGGGAGUACUGCAAAAAUGUACAAAGUGUCAACCAUGAGACGAAUAUUCGAUCUGGCAAAGCAUCGAACAAAAAGAUCGGCACUUUUCCCAGCUGGAGUUAAAGUCUGUCCACAGGAACCCAUGAAACAGAUUUUAGCCAGUCUUCAAGCUUAUUAUAGAUUGAGAGUGUGUCAGGAAGCAGUGUGGGAAGCAUAUCGAAUCUUUCUGGACCGCAUCCCUGACACAGGGGAAUACCAGGACUGGGUCAGUAUCUGCCAGCAAGAGACCUUCUGCCUCUUCGACAUUGGGAAGAAUUUCAGCAACUCCCAGGAGCACCUGGAUCUCCUGCAUCAGAGAAUAAAACAGAGAAACUUCAUUGAGAGAAAAGAUGAAAUUUCCACAGAGGAGACAGUAGGAGAGCCUGGUGAAACCCCUCCGUUUUCCACAGAUGUUGCCAGCGUCUCCCUCGGGCCCUUGCCGCUCCCUCCUGAUGACACACUCCUCAACGACACCAAGAUGCCUAUAACCUUUUUAACCCAGGAAAGAGACAUAGACUUCAGUGAGGCAGCCGAGGGCCCGCUGGAGCAGAAGGUGGAGCUGAGCAUCUUUCUGGAGAACCAGAAGUUCCAGGCAGAGCUGGCUGACUCCCAGGCCCCAGAUUACCGGGAGCUGGCAGCCAAGUCUCAGCUUCAGAUGCAAAAGGUAUUUAAGAAACUUCCGGGAUUCAAAGAAAUCCGUGUGUUAGGAUUUAGACCAAAGAAAGAAAGAGAUGGUUCAAGCUCCAUAGAGAUGCGACUUACGGCCAUCUUUAAGAGAGACAAUGCAGAAGCAAAAAGUUCUGCAAGUGACCUCCUCUCUUUUGAUUCCAACAAAAUUGAAAAUGAAGGAGUCCCUCAUGGAACGAUGAAGAAGGACAAGCAAAUAGAAAUCUAUCUCACAGCUUUAGACCUCAAAAAGCUGAUCAGCAGAGCACUAGAGGAAGAUCAAUCCCUGGAUGUGGGGACAGUUCAGUUCACUGAUGAAAUUGUUGGGUCAUUGCUAGGCCCCGAUCCUGAUGCCCAAUCAGGGCUGCCGAUGCUCCUUGCGGAUAUCACAAAGGAUGCUACUUUGAGUCCAGAACUUCCUCUUGGUCAACCCAGGCUUGAGACAGUGGACAGAGCUGGACACAGUCUACCUGACGGCUCUUGGUCUCCACCUGCUGUGGCCUCCACCUCCCUAUCAGAAACUCUGCCCUUCUUUACUGCUUCGAGCAUCUUCUCUCUGGCUGAUCCAAGUGCCACAGACAUAACGUCCAUUAGCCAGACAGUACAAAUCCCCGGGCUGACCCUCCCCACGGAAGAUUAUUCUGCCAUCAGCCAAUCAGCUCUGGAAAGUUCAAGAUCACCUGCUUCCUCAGAAGACAGCAGGGUAAGUGCACUCAGCCAAGAUACAGCCAGAGACUUAGAUGGAAUGGAACUGUCGCACUCGCCUGCCUCCACCAAGGUACCAGAACUCAGUGGAUACGUUUCCACCCCGGAUCACUUCUUGGAGAAUACCACUCCCGUUCCAACUCUACAGUACAUCACCACUAGCUCUAUGACCAUCGCCCCCCGGGGCCAGGAGCUGGUAGUGUUCUUCAGUCUGCGCGUCGCUAACAUGCCCUUCUCUAGUGAUCUAUUCAACAAGAGCUCUCCAGAGUAUCAAGCUCUGGAGCAACGAUUCACACAGCUGCUGGUUCCAUAUCUACGAUCCAAUCUUACGGGAUUUAAGCAACUGGAAAUACUGAACUUCAGAAACGGGAGUGUGAUCGUGAACAGCAGAGUGAGCUUCGCCAGGUCGGUGCCCUAUAACCUCACCAAGGCUGUGCACGGGGUCCUGGAGGAUUUUCGCUUGGCGGCAGCACGACAGCUUGAUCUGGAAAUAGACGGCUACUCUCUCGGCAUUGAACCAGCGGAUCAAGCAGAUCCCUGCCAAUUCCUGGCCUGUGGCAAACUCGCCCAGUGUGUAAAGAAUGAGUGGACCAAGGAAGCAGAGUGUCGCUGCAGACCUGGCUAUGAGAGCCAGGGGCGCCUGGACCACGGGGUCCCGGGCCUCUGUGCCCCUGGAGAGGAAUGUGAGCUCGGCCAGGGAACAGGAGCUCCCUGCAGGUCACCAGCUCACUCUAAAACUCAAGCAAAUGAAACUAGUGCUAAAAAGUUCCAACAUGAGCAAAAUAACAAGGUAACUAGGAAAAGAAAUUCUGAAUUAUUGACUGUAGGAUAUGAAGAAUUUAACCAUUAAGAUUGGGAUGGAAAUUAA